AGCCAAUGAGCUGAGGGCAGAGAGGAGCCCUCCAAGAGGCCAUCAGAACCUCAGAGCCCACGAGGUCGCCAAGGGAGAGGAGGCCUGAGUCCCAGGGUGGGCACCAGCCAGCCAUGGCUGCAGCGGAGACCGCCUUGCCCUCCAUCAGCACGCUGACGGCCCUAGGCCCCUUCUCGGACACACAGGAAGACUUCCUCAAGUGGUGGCGCACUGAAGAGGUGCAAGACUUGGGCCCAGGACCACCCGACUCCACCAGGCCACCCUUCCACGUGAGGCCUGAGUUGGAGGACACGCCCAGGGAAGAGGAAGACGACGAAAGGGACGCAGCUACCCCCUGGGACCUGGAUCUCCUCUUCAACAACUUCCCGUGCCCAGAGCCGGGCGGCGCGCCCCAGAUCUGCGCUCCCCAGAACUGCGCUCUGGUGCCUGAGGAGGGCCCCGGGGCGCAAUUCCCACCGCCGCUCGAGACUCAGGGCGCGUAUGCGGGAGGCCCAGGGCUGGUGGCUGGGCUCUUGGGUCCCGAGGAACACCCGGGCUGGGUGCGCCCGGCCCCACGAACCCCAGCCCCCGACGCCUUUGUGGGCCCUGCCAUGAUCCCGGCCCCGGAGCCCAAGGCGCUGCCGCUGCAGCCAAUGUACCCGGGGCCGGGUGCGGGGUCCUCUAGCAACUAUUUCCCGAGGACGGGGCUUUCAGUGCCUGCAGCGCCGGCCACCCCCUAUGGGCUACUAUCCGGGUACCCCGCGCUGUACCCGAUGUCGCAGUAUCAAGGGCACUUUCAGCUCUUCCGCGGGCUCCCGGCGCCAGCGCCUGGCCCCGCCACGCCCCACUCCUUCUUGAGUUGUCUAGGACCCGGGACAGCGGGUGCAGGACUCGGGGGGACCACAGGAGACCCAGGAGGGACUGCGGAAGCCGCACCGUCCAAGCGCAGUCGGCGAUCGUGGGCACGCAAGAGACAGGCGGCACACACGUGCACGCACCCGGGCUGCGGCAAGAGCUACACUAAGAGCUCGCAUCUGAAGGCGCAUCUACGCACGCACACGGGGGAGAAGCCAUAUGCCUGCACCUGGGAUGGCUGUGGCUGGAGGUUCGCGCGCUCGGACGAGCUGACCCGUCACUACCGAAAGCACACCGGACAGCGCCCCUUCCGCUGCCAGCUCUGCCCACGCGCUUUUUCGCGCUCAGAUCACCUGGCCUUGCACAUGAAGCGUCAUCUUUGAGCCCUGCCCUGGCACUUGGACCUUCCUAGGUACUGGAGUUGGGACAAGAGCGGAUCUACAUAAGAUGGUUUCCUUUGAAUGAAUCCUCGUCUGGACUCUUGGCCCCACACAUCCACCAGAAGAUCAAGGACUGGCCUAUAGACUAGGGUGAACCUCCAACGGAAGCUCCCACAUGUCCUUGGCCAGAGGGAGCCACACAGUCACGUAUGGUCUCAUAGACCCAGUGAAAUAGACCUCCAAAUAAACGGACUCUGAUGGAUACUUACAUACUUCUGACAAAGAGACAGACCCUGAGAGCUGGACCAUCAGACCAGCUCACAGGUUGCCUAGACAGCGGGAGGGGUUUCGGGUGAGGCUUCCCAAGGACCCUGAUUCUAGAAAUCUUCACUCUGUGACUCCUGAAGCUCCACAGUGACUGGCAUCUGCUCUGAAUGGUUAUGGGUCCUGUAAAAACGCCCUCCCAGAUAAAGCUUCAGUAUUGGCCUGA